AUGGGCAAGCGUAUGUUGUGCAUCUUUUCGGUGUGGAAGGUUAAGAGUUUGCAACACCAGUUGCUCUCGUCGGUCAAGAAGCGCAAGCUUGCCCCGAACCUUUAUACCGAGGACGAUGAUCCGGACGAGGCGGGACCUCGUGACGCGAAUUCCUAUUUGGAUAGAUUGUUCACGCUUUGCCUGGCAUGUGCAAUGGCAGGCACAAUGGCAGUACCUGCCGCCCCGGCGGCUAUGGAGGAGGCCAGCCUUGGGGCAGACUCGACCCUGUUUGUGGCUGUUCCGGUGGAUGUUGUCAUGAUGUAUUGGUUUCGGGCCAAGCGCACCGCCGCCCUGGUCACAGCAACUCACAGGUUGUCUUGGCUUCAAGCGCGCGACCAGGAGGAGCGCACCGAAUGGGUGGCUCGAUUCCGGGACUCUCAGAAAACCCUCGGGCAGGUCAUUAAAGAGGUCUACGUUGCCCGCGACCCGCAUUGGAUCCCCGUCUCCUCGAGCACUUCCGUGGGGAGCUCCAGCCAGUUGCAAGCCCCACCUCCCCCUCCGAAAGUCGAGUCUCUCUUCCAGAUCUUGGGCACCAUUGCGGGGAAGAAGGUGGCGGCACGCAUGAAAGACGGCAAGCAGCUUUGUGGCGAAUUCCAGCGGGGCAAAUGCAACAAGAAGGACUGCACUUCCGGCGCACACCUCUGUGGAGUGGUGAUCAGGCAUGAGCGCGUGUGUGGGGGCCAGCACACACCGGCCCAGUGCAAGAACAAGGUGAAGCCUCGCCACAACAUCGAUGAGAUUGCGUCGGGGCCACCUUCGUUGUGCCAGCAUUUUCACGACCCCUCGGAGUGGGACCCAUACUGGGUCGGUGGCGAGUUGCGGUUCCCGAGCCAGGAGGAAGCGCAGGUCACAGCCCCGUUGGCCUUUUUCAUCGCAGUUUCGGCGUCUUGGUGGGCCGCCCGGCGAGGUCUGGCGGUGGUUCGGAUACACAGGCUGCCACCGGUGGAGAUCACCGGUCGGCGGGAGCCCCGAGGCGCUAUACGGUCGGUGGCCAUGGCACCCUUGGCCAUCUCUCUGGGUCUGCGGCCCGGGGCAGCCUUGACACGCUGCGCCGACUUCGUCGCGGCCGAGUUGUGGCACGAUCUCGGGGAGCUGGCGGGCCUGACCCUCCUCUCCGACACCGCCAUGGAGGCGAUUGGGCAGGCGGUACCUGUCCCUUUCCAGCAAGAGGCGGUUAUCCUGCGGUUCCGGAAGCUGUGGUUCCAGGGAUUCCGGUUCCCCAUGGUCGAGGACCUUCUCAACCAGGCCCCCUUUGACACGUUUUGCAGAUGGCUCGCACCACGGAGUGACGAGUGGGAGGGACCCCUCGUUCCCGUUGCCCCCCAACGACAGCAACGCUUUCGACAGCGCACCGCCGAUGGGUUGCAAAUCGGGGCCUCCACGCAUCGGGCUGCCUUGCCCCCUCUUUCGCCAUUCGGCCUCCAAUUGCUGCCGACAGAGCUGCAUCCUGUGCUCGACCCCGACCUUCUGUUUGCGGCGGAGGUGAACGCCAAGCGCAGGGGUGCCCUGCGACCCAUGCGCCAGCGCGCGGUGGGGGCCCUCAAAGAACUGAAGCGACGAUGGGGGCCAGUUGGCGCGCGGUUGCGUGCCCGGCAGCCACAGGCACUGCGGCGAGCCACCCAGCAGCGGGACCUCGGCUUCGAAGCGUUGAUCAUCCUGGCCAGUUGGGGAGACGUGACCUAUGCGCAUGGGCUGGUCAAGGGUCUUCCGGCGGUUGGGUUCGCACCGCCCUAUGGGGUUUCCCUGUCCAGGCCGGGCCGCUUGGACCAGGUGCUGCUCGAACAAUCGUUGGCGGAUGCGGCCCAGGGCUUCUGUUCCGAGCCGUUAUCCCAAGCAGGCGUUCAGAGGCUCUUGAAAGGCGGUCAGUCGGCGACUUCAGCGGAUUCAAACAAGCCUGUGCUUUGUUCACCGCUCCGGCCGGCCCGGCACCUCCGAGCCACCAUCAGCUACAUGUCCGAGGCAGACUUCGCGGCGGCCAGAGCCGAGGACUCCUGGCAGACAGGAGGCGAAGAUUGGCCGAACGCGUAUCGCCACUCGCCAAUGUCCUCAGAGGAAUCCCGAGCCUGUGUGGUUUGCUUCUGGCACGACGAGUGGCAACAGCCGGCAUUCCAGGUGUACGCCGGCCUGCUGUUCGGACUCCCUUUGGCGGUGACCUCGUUCAACCGCUACUCUCGUCUGGUUGAGGCCCUUGGGCGCCGCCUCGUGCUGACGAUGGUUUCCCUCUACUUCGACGACGCCACAGUGGGAGACUGGGCCUCUUCGAAGGGUUCGGGUCAGUGGGCGUUCGGGCAGCUCAACGCGCUGUUGGGUACCCCCUUCGCCGAAUCCAAACGGCAACCCAUGUCGCAUCGCGGGGAUUUCCUGGGCCUCUCGCACGAUAUGUCCCGUGCUCUCUCCGAUGGUGUCGUGCACUUUUGGCCGCGCGAUAGGUCAAGCCGCCAAGCUCUACGCCAUCCUUAUAACUUCUUCGAGCAAGGAGUGUAUGGGAAAGUCGGGGCAGGGAGCCUCUGGGCCAUUAAAGAACGGCAGUACGAAGCGGCCACGCAGAUCACUCCCGAUAUCCUUGGCAACUUCAGGUACAUCCGAGCUAUCAUUCGAGCCAAGCCUCAAAGGCAGUUACCGGUGGUGCCGUUGCCAUGCGACCGUUUCGUGUGUGCCUCGGACGCAGCCGAGGAGCCAGACACCGGCGGUACCGGUGGCUUCCUCGUGGUCUGGUUCAGUGGGGCGCACCAGACCCGCCAGGGCUUUGUAGCCGAUAUCCACCCUUGGUGGUAUUCGGUUUGGCAGUCAGCCGAGGUACACAUCGCACAGUUGGAAGUCUCCAUGGUGGCGUACGCGUUGCUAGGGCUACCGGAUCGUUUUCGGAAUCGCCGCGGCAUCUGGUUCCUUGACAACGUGGCCUCGUUGAUGGCCCUCGUGAAAGGACGAUCUUCUUCAAGAGACCUGGAGAAUUUUGCUCACAUGGUGCAUAUGUUGUUGCUUGGCCUCAACACACAGAUGUGGUUCGAGUACAUUCCGUCUAAGUCGAAUUGGGCUGAUGCCAUUUCCAGACUAGGGCGGGACGAUCCCUGGCAUGUCAGCCAGUCUUUUUCAACUUCGGUGAUCCGCUUCCCACGGGUAGUGUGGGGGCUUCCGCCAUCCGCUUUGCUCACACUGGCGAGCUUUCUCUAA